GGGUGGCGCUAAGACACUUACGUUUGUUUGCUAAACACCAUUAAACCUCGGAGGAAGAAGUUUAGUUUCACUGCACUCUCUGUUUUUUUUUUUUUUUUUUUGGUGGUGCUGUUUUAAUUCAAUCUGUUAGAAGUAUUGUUUCUGUAAAUAGAGAAAAUACCGCUUUUUAAAUCUGUUCAGUAAAUACCUGUAAUAUUCUCAUUUUCACACUCGUGACUAAGUUUUGAAGCAAGCAGGAAUAUCUGGAGGAGUAUCAUCUGAACUGAGAUCUGCUGCUGUGAAGAUGGUGUUUGUUAAAGAGGAGAGUGAGGAGGACACGAGUGAACCAGAAACCUGGAGAAUAAAACACGAGGAACCAGAAACAUGGAGAAUAAAACACGAGGAACCAGAAACCUGGAAAAUAAAACACGAGGAACCAGAAACUUGGAGAAUAAAACACGAGGAACAAGGAGAGUUUAUUGAAGAAAGUGAGGGGAACGAAGAAUUGAGAGAAGAUGAGGAGAAACAUCAUGUCAAAAUGGGAGAAAAACCUUCGAGUUGCUCUCAAACCAAACAGAAAGAUUUAAAGAAAAGAGGAGCCAAGAAAUCUUUCACUUGUAAUCAGUGUGGGAACAGUUUCACACGAUUGUUAAGCCUUAAGGUACACAUGGACAUCCACACUGGAGAGAAACAUUACAAGUGUUCAGACUGUGACAAGAGAUUCACUCGGUCAGGAGACCUGAAGAGACACAAGGUAGUCCACACUGGAGAGAAACCGCACAUGUGUGAUCAGUGUGGGAAGAGUUUUGCACUAAAAGAAAGCCUUAAGUUACACAUGAACAUCCACACUGGAGAGAAACCUUUUAAGUGUUCACGCUGUGACAAGAGAUUCCGUCAGCCAACACAUCUGAAAAUACACGAGAGGAUUCACACUGGAGAGAAACCGUACACAUGUGAUCAGUGUGGGAAGAAUUUUGCACGAAGAGGAAUCCUUAAGACACAUAUGAAAGUUCAUACAGGAGAGAAACUGUACACAUGUAAUCAAUGUGGAAAGAGUUUGACAAGCAAAUAUAGUCUUGAUGUUCAUAUGAGAGUUCAUACUGGAGAGAAACUGUACACAUGUAAUCAAUGUGGAAAGAGUUUGACAAGCAAAUAUAGUCUUGAUGUUCACAUGAGAGUUCAUACUGGAGAGAAACCGUUCACUUGUGAUCGGUGCGGGAAGAGUUUCGCACAAUCAGCACACCUUAAGAAACACAUGAACAUCCACACUGGAGAGAAACUGUACUCAUGUGAUCAAUGUGAUAAAACAUUUUUUAGAGCUUCAGUCCUGAAGAAACACCCGACAGUUCAUACAAAGCAGAAGCCGUAUUCAUGUUAUUUGUGUGGGAAGAGUUUUUCAAUUUUGAGAGAACAUCAGAAAAUACAUACUGGUGUGAAAGAGUGCAUGUGCAUUGAGUGUGAAAAGACUUUUACUUCAGCAAAGUGUUUACAACAUGAGAGGAUCCACACUGGAGAGAAACCUUAUAAGUGUUCACACUGUGACAAGAGAUUCAAUCAUUCAGGAGACCUGAAAACACACAAGAGGAUCCACACUGGAGAGAAACCUUAUCACUGCACUGCAUGUGGGAAGCAUUUCAAUCGUUCAUCUGCUCUACACAGACAUACAAAAAACAAUCACAAGUUGAUCGAAGAAAAUGAGGAGAAUAAAGAAACCGAUGAAGUUGAGGAGAAAAAUCAUGUCAAAACUGGAGAAAAACUUUUGAGUUGUUCUCAAACCAAACAGAAAGAUUUAAAGAAAAGAAGAGCGAAGAAAUCUUUCACCUGCACUCAGUGUGGAAAGAGUUUCACACACAAAACAAGUCUUGAUGUUCACAUGAGAGUUCAUUCAGGAGAGAAACCGUUCACUUGUGAUCAGUGGGGGAAGAGUUUCACACAGUCAGCAAACCUUAAGGAUCACAUGAACAUCCACACUGGAGAGAAGCAGCAUGCAUGCGAUCAAUGUGGUAAAAUAUUUUUAUGGGCUUCAGUUCUGAAGAAACACUUGAAAGUUCAUGCAAAGGAGAAGCCACAUUCAUGUCAUUUGUGUGGUAACAGUUUUUUACGUCUACAAAAUUUGAAAGAACAUCAGAAAAUACACACUGCUGUGGGAGAGUACAUGUGCUUUGAGUGUGGGAGGACUUUUACUUCAGCAAAGUAUUUAAAUCUGCAUGAGAGGAUUCACACUGGAGAAAAACCUUAUAAGUGUUCACACUGUGAGAAGAGAUUCAGUCAAUCAUCAAGUCUGAAAGCACAUGAGAGAAUCCACACUGGAGAAAAACCUUAUAAGUGUUCACACUGUGAGAAGAGAUUCAGUCAAUCAUCAAGUCUGAAAGCACAUGAGAGAAUCCACACUGGAGAAAAACCUUAUAAGUGUCCACACUGCAACAAGAGAUUCAGUGUUUCAAGAGGCCUAAAAAGACAUGAGAUGAUUCACACUGGAGUGAAACCUUAUAAGUGUUCACACUGUGACAAAAGAUUCAGUCAGUUAGUACAUCUGAAAAAACACAAUAGGAUCCACACUGGAGUGAAACCUUAUAAGUGUUAACAUUGUGACAAGAUUCAGUCAGUCAGUACAUCUGAAAGCACAUGAGAGGAUCCACACUGGAGAGAAACCUUAUAAGUGUUCACACUGUGACGAGAGAUUCAGUCAUUCAUCAAAUCUGAAAACAUAGGAGAUGAUCCACACUGGAGAGAAACCUUAUCACUGUGGGAAGCAUUUCAUUCAGUCAUCUGCUCUACACAGUCAUACAAAAAACAAUCACAGUAAGGCCCUGUACAAACAGAGAUGCGUUUAGCUGUAUACAUAAAAAAUUUGUAUCGUAUUGGCGUUUCGUCCAGAUGGAUCCGGUGUUUUGGGAGCCUGAAAAUGCAAUUUCCCAGAGUCCCAGAGUGGAUAAAUCUGAAAACAACACCUUUGUGUUUUGUUUACAGCCGAAACGAUGAUUUCAUCACCCAAUUUCUUGACCCUAGUCAGACGCCGCAACGUCACAUAACGGCAACAACAAAGGCGGAGUACAUGCUUGUGUUCGUGCUGCAGAAGCCCAUUAGCUUUGCUAACUUUACUAGCUUGUCUUGUUGUUGUGUUGGGUUUGUAUACAGCGCGCUAGGCUCCAAGUCGUCUUCUCUGUUUUUAGUGUAUCUCUGUGGCAGAAUUACAGCGCCACAUACUGGUCUGGCAUGAAUAAUACAUCGUUUUUAGUCCGUUUCAGUGGUUUUGCGUGUAUGCAGAUAUUUUUCAGAUGAUGCCAUGUUUACAGAAGAACGAGAAAAUUAAAGAUUGGAUAGGAAAAGCUCUGGCUUCGUGUGAAUGAGCCCUAAGUAGAUCAUCUUCAGAUCCAGCAUUUUCAGAUCUGAUGCUGUCUCAAAUGCAACGGAAUGAUGCAUCAAGCAGUAAAAUAUAAUCUAGAUCAAUCUGUCCUAACCAGCCAUAACAAGUGACAUGACAAAGAAACAUCAUCUAAAGUUUUCACAGUGACUAAAGUUAAUCUUCAUCUUCUAAACCAGCAGAUUCAAUUGUGAGAUUCAGAUCAACUAAUAGAUGGAGUUCCUCCCCAAAGAAUGAUGUCUGAGUUUUAUUCUUUUAUGCUAUUUUGCUUCAUGAUUAUAUCAUUGUGUUUUCUGUUCAGUUAUUUUGAGUUUCAUAUUAUGUUCACUUGUUUUAAAAUGCAUAUGUAUCACUUGUAGUUUACAUGUAGACACUUUUUACAAACAUCUUGUUCGGGACACUUUUUUGGAAAUACACUUUACAAUUUAUUAUUCCUACAUAAAUAUUGUUAAGCUAACUGUAUCCUGCCAACUGUUUCUACAUGUGAUAAUAUCAAGACAUUCGUCACUGAUGUGUUUAUUGUUUAUCUUGCAAUCCAGAAGCGAGGUCUCUUUUGUACUUUAAGGCUGUGCAAUUAAACUAAUUUUAUUUUCGAUUGAGUUUGACUUCCGAUGAUUAUGAAAAACAAGUUGUUUGAAUUAAAGCGAUAUAUU